AUGGACUGCUCCAUGACGCGACCGUCCACCACGGCGCGUUUCCCCUUCUUCCCCUUCUCGCUGUGGUCCAAACGGCCUCAGCAGUCGAUCUCCACACAGACGCCGGCCCCGACGCCGGCUCAGACAGUGCCAUCGCCCGUCAUGGCACAGACCCAACCUCAACCACAGACACAGACCCAGCCCUCGUCGCGACCGUCAUCGCAACGAGAGGCCGAACGACAGCCCGAGCCCGAGCCCGAGCCUGAGCCUGAGGUUCAUAUUCAGCCCGAACCCCAGCCCCAGUCCCAGCCUCAGCCUGAACCCGAGAUCCCUCGCCAGGUCACCCCGCCGCAGCCCACGCCCGAGGAGCUGGCCGAGCGGGACCACCAGAGCCGCGAGACGGCGCGCGAGGAGGCGAUCAGCGAGCUGGACGGGCUGGUGGGCCACGACAACGUCAAGCGGCAGCUGCACGGGGUGCAGACCUGGGUGCAGAUCUGCCGACGCCAUGGACGCGACCCCAAGGGCGAGUGGUACAACAUCGCCUUCCUGGGGCAGGCGGGCACGGGCAAGACGACCGUCGCGCGCAUCUACGCCAAGCUGCUGUACGCGAUGGGCAUCUGCGACGCACACACGGUGUGCGAGACCACGGGGGCCGACCUGGUCAGCCGGGGCCCCGACGGGGUGCAGCAGUUGCUGCGCGGCAUGACCGAUGACCCUCAGGGCGCCCUGCAGACGGCCGGGGUGCUCAUCGUCGACCAUCCCCAUCCCCUGCUGGAGACCCCCCAGACUCCCGCCGUCGAGCAGGCCCUCGACGACAUCCGCCAGGUCAUGGAGCGCCACACCGGCCGCAUCAUCGUCGUCUUCACCGGCGAGGUCGACGAGGUCACGCUCUUCCUGCGCGAGAACCCCCAGCUGCAGCAGCGGAUCUGCAGCUCGCUGCGCUUCAACGAUUUCGACCGGCCGCAGCUGGUGCAGCUGCUCGCGCGCCGCAUCAUCACCGACUACAACGGGCGCAUGCAGGUCGAGGGGGGGCUCGAGGGCCCCUACAUGCAGGCUGCGGCCCGCCGGCUGGUCCGGGGUCGCGCCGCCAAGGGCUCCAAGGGCUUCAAGGGCUUCGCCAACGCCCACGCCGUGCGCGAGAUGGUCAAGAGCAUCGCCCAGCGCCAGGCGCUGUGCCUGACAGACCAGCAGGACGGCGGCAUGGACGAGGUCGACUACUUCUUCUUCUCCAAGGAUGACGUGCUGGGCCCCAGCCCGGGCGAGAUCCGAUCCGAGAGCCAGGCCUGGGCGGCCAUGCAGCAGUUGAUCGGACAGGACGCCGUCAAGGCGUCGGUGGCCGAGGUGUUCGACACGGCCGAGGAGAAUUACCAUCGCGAGAUCCGCAACCAGCGUCGUCUGCCCCUGCGCAUCAACCGCAUCUUUGCCGGGCCGCCGGGCACGGGCAAGGCCACCGCCAUCCGGAUGUACGCCCAGAUCCUGGUGGAUUUGGGCUUGUUGAGCGGUGGGGAGGUUCGCGCCAAACCACUGUCGGCGCUGUGCGAUCUGUCGGAAGAGCAGCUGCACGCCACCAUCGACUCGACUGCCGGACAUGUCCUGGUCGUGGACGUGGAUAGCGACCGCCAGGAGCGCCCAACCGUGCCGGACACGGUGCUCGACAGGCUGGCGGCACCCCGCGACGACCAGUGCACCAUCCUGGUGGGCACCCACGACAGCAUCAGCCAGUUCCUGUAUCGGGCGGGCCCCAGGGCGCGCGUCUUCGAGACGCAGCUGGUGCGAUUCGCGGCCCUGACCCGCGAGCACAUGGAGGAGCUGUUCCAGAGCAAGCUGGACGAGCAGGAGCUGGACGCCACCCCGGAGGCCUUCCAGGCGGCGAUGGACACCCUCGACAACGCCCGCAUGCGCCGCGACUUCGACAAUGCCCGCGCCCUCGACCACCUGCUGGCGGCGGCCAUCUACCACUUUGAGCGUCGCUCGCGUACGACGGGGGUGCCCAGUGCCCCCCCAGUCGAGCGACUACUCGAGGGCCGCGACUUCAACCCCGAGUUGGUCGGAGGGACCACCGCGCUGGUCUUCCGCGAGGAGUUGCGGCACUCGAUCGUGCCGGACGACAUCAUCUCCAUCCUGAAGCGCUAUCACAAUGAGAUGAAAGCCGCCUGGAUGCAGGGGUUGGAUCCGGGGCAGCGCAUGCCCUCUGCCUUUAUCUUCAAAGGCGCACCAGGAACCGGCAAGAAGACCGUCGCCCGCCAGCUCGGCACCCUCUACUACAAGAUGGGUGCGCUGACUGACGGAGCCCUCGUCCCCUGCUCGGUGGCCGACCUGCUGGCGCCACAAGCCUACCCGACCUCCGUGCGGUCACGCUCGCAGCUCGACUGCGGACGGGGCAAGGUGCUGUUCGUGGAGGACGCGCACCGACUGAUGGAGAACGAGUCGGCCACCCAGGCCGUGGACGAGCUCGUCUACUUACUGCCGCGAUACGCGCCAGAGAUGGUGGUGAUCCUGGCCGGACCCGCCCAAGAGAUGGACCAGCUGCUCGCCAACCGGCCUCGUCUGGCGGCUCUGUUCCAGGAGGAGAUCGUCUUCCGCAACCCAACGCCUCGCGAAUGUCUCCGGCUGCUGGACCGCAAGCUGACGGAGCAGCGCGUCCAGGGUCCCCGGCUGUACCUGACGGACCCACGCACCCCGAGCCACCGCGAGUUCACCCGCGCCAUCCAGAUCCUGUCGAUGUUCCCGUGCUGGAGCAACGCGCGGGAUGUGGAGGUACUGGCGCGCUGGAUGGUGUCCGCAUGUGUGCGCGAGCUGCCUCUGGAGGCUAGCGCCGGAGGUGCCCUGCCGGCCAUGCAGUUGAGCGACGAGCAGGCGAUGAGCUGCAUGGUGCGGCUGUUCAACCUGAAGAGGGACCGGCUGCGGUUCAACCAGGAUCCCAAGGCCCGGGCCUUGCCCCGGGCUUUGUCCCAGCCUCGAGUGACGGAGCGGACGGGGGUGAAGUUCCCUGUCUGA